AUGGAAGAAAAUGAUCACGGCAACAGAGACGUGGUGGAGAGGCAGGAGUCGGCGGAUGAAUCCAACAGAGCCAUCCUUCCACUGUUGCAGGCGCCGGGGAACCUGCAGAUCCCUCACCGGGUCACCAAUUUCUUCAUCGACAACAUAUUGCGGCCGGAUUUCGGCAAAAGAAAGGACGGGGGCGCAGACCGCGAAGAGGGCAGCCUCGCGUCGCGGGAGAGCCACAACAGCCCCGCCGCGCCCCAGUCCGAGCCUGUGGGGAGCACGGUGCCGGCGGAGGGGACCUCCACUCCGCAUACUGUUACCGCGGCCAAGAAGCCUGCUAUAGCCGCCGAAGAGCCCCUGAAACCCCGCGAGGAGAACGGAGACCAGUGCCUAAGCUCAGACUCAGACAGUUCCCAAGCCAGCUCAAACCCAGCCAGCAAGUCCCAGGGCAUGCUGUGGCCAGCCUGGGUCUACUGCACCCGAUACUCGGACAGGCCUUCUUCAGGGCCCAGAUCCCGCAAACCAAAGCAGAAAACAGCCAGCAAAGAGGACAAGCGACCACGGACGGCCUUCACCGCAGAGCAGCUGCAAAGACUAAAAUCGGAGUUCCAGACAAACCGGUAUCUGACCGAGCAGAGGCGGCAGAACCUGGCGCAGGAACUGGGCCUCAACGAGUCCCAGAUCAAGAUCUGGUUUCAGAACAAGAGGGCCAAAAUCAAGAAGGCCACCGGCCCGAAGAACGGCCUGGCCUUGCACCUGAUGGCACAGGGACUUUACAAUCACGCCACCGUCUCGAAAGACGAAAAAUCAGACAGCGAUUGA